UUGCGCCACCCCCCUUUUCGUUGUCUGAGGUCGUAAUUGUCUUGGAGCUGCAGUCUCCCGGCCAAUGCUGUGAUGCCUUGCAAAUUGGAUGUCGUCUGUUGUUCUCGUCGCGACCAUCCUUGUACCCUUCAUUUCCCGCCGGCUGAGUCUCACAUGAUGACGGGUUCACGGAAGUUUAUUAGAUCGUAUUCCGAGAAAAAAGAAUAUGAAGCUUCAGAGUGGGCCAUACAAAAAUUCUCAGCGUCGCAGGUAUCCUGCCAAAGAUGUUUUGGGUAUCAGUACGACAGGAUCCACCACAUUCCAUUUUUGGCUUUAUCCACGCUCCUUUUAUUGGUGAUCUCGAGUGGUUGGUAAAGACAA